AUGAAAUUCUUACAAUUAAGUUCACUUUUCGUUUUUGUACUUACUGCAUUCAAUUUUGUUUCCGCACAACAACUACCACCAAAUAUCUCUGUUACAUGUUCUAACGAAAUUAUUAAGCUUUCUACAAGUACAGAACUUAAUAGUUGUGCUUCGUUUGUCAAGUUAGCAGGAUUGCAAAAUAAAACAGCUGACCCAAAACAAACCUUGGAUGCCUAUUGUCCCGCACCUAAAUGCAGUGAUGAAAAAACUUCUGCCGAUGCUGCUGAACUUAAAUCUCAAUGUUCUAAUGAUCUUACGAACCCUGAAGUAUUUGCUAUAAAAGAAAUUCUUGUUUUCAAUUCCCCGAUAAAGGAUUGUUUUUGUUUCAAAAACUCUACUACUGGCCAAUAUUGUUAUUCGGAUCCAAAUAGUGCUUCGAUAUUCAAUUUCAUUAGUGGAUUGGGUAUUACUACUCCCACUGAUAUUAAUUGUACCGAUUGUAACAAAGCUAUUUUAAAUACAUUUGUAAAUUACUUUACUGCUCACCAUGAAGCUCUCACCGAGUUACCACCGACGGUUAAUGUAACAGCUUUUCAAACUGUUGUUGCAACAAAGUGUGGUCCUUCUUUCUUAG